AUGUCAGGGUCAUCAAGGUCCCUUCUUAAGGCCAUAGAAACGUUAUUCUUAGACUGGCCCGACGAUGAAAAACAGAAAGAGCACCGUCAAAAUUUAGAUGAGGUAAUGACCCAGUAUUUGGACAAGCAUAAUAACUUGGCAACGCUUCUACUGACAACUAGUAUGAACGAUGAAUUGUACGUAAUAUAUGAUAAAUACAUAAAACCAUCUGAAGAUAUAUUACGUGAAUAUGUGUUUCUUGAUAUACUCAAAGAAGUCCUGUCAGUUUUUAAUAUUGAUGAAAUUAAUUUGUGGCUACGAACAUAUUUGAAACCAGCGUUGGAUAGUGCAGGAUACUUUUCACAAUUUGUCGAUAAAGCAAGAGAUCUUAUUAGGAAAAUAGCUAUCAACUAUUUGCAAACAAAUGACGAGAGUCUAAACUUUGAAAGAGGAAGAAUUGGAAGUAUAGUCAUGCACCAGAUCAUGGAGAUUUACCUCAACAACAAUAAAAGGCUAGAAUAUCUAAACUUGGAACCGAAUGAUAGCCAGUCAUAUCAAGAGAGGGUGCGGUUUAUUAAAUUCAACUGCUUAAAUUUGCUUCAAGAGUAUGGGUUGAAGCAUAUAUCUAAUUACACUAAAUUACUAGAUCAACAUUUGAAGGAUCCAACUGAAAGAUUAGAAACUUUAAAUUUAUUCCUGAAAUUAGUUGCUACACAAAGCUCGCAGGUCUCGUAUAUUAUUGAAUCAGAUUUGUUUUCAGAUCUAUUGAAAUGCCUUCUAUAUGAUUUUAAUGAUGCAUCAGUUUUUGCUUCGGCCACUGUGUUGGUGAUGCUAAUACCACAAGUUAGUACUAAACUUGGUCAACACUUACCGGACUUAUUUGCCAUCUAUUUGAGGUUAGUUAACUGGCAUGAGCUAAACAAAUAUGUAACAAACCGUUAUGAAUUGUUUAUGAAUUACAUGAGUGAAGAUUUCUUGUCGUGGAAAAUCGAUAAUACAGGGAAAGAAGCACACGCGACUGAAAUCAUAUUUGACUGGCAAUAUUAUGGGACUUUGUUGUAUGGGCUAUUUGUCUUGAACUUUAUCGAAUUUUCAGCAGCCCCGUUGAAGUAUUUGCAACAGCAUAAACCAAAAUUAAUCACUUUGGUGUUGCUCGAGGGAAUUGAAGCCAACAUCGAACAUGCAACCAAAAUGGAAUCUUUUGCCAUCGCAAAGAGUAAAGAGUUUUUACAAUCUUUAUUGUUACAUCCAAAGAUGAUCAGUUUAGAUACUUCUCAACAACGUGAACUUGAAGCUCCCGUUGAAUGGAUUCUACAACAAAACACAGGGUCGAUUUCUUCGGAAGAUAUAGCUAUUUCAUGUUUGAGUUUAAACCCACACAUUAUGGCCGAUGAAGCUUUCAAGAGAAACAACAUACCUCAUGAUCUUUGGUUUUCAAAGCGUGACUCAGUCAGUCAGAAUGAAUCACAUCAUCUACUCUCAAGGAACUCAUCAUUGGCUGGUCCAAUGUAUAUCAAUGUUAAGGAGAGUCAUACAAACAAACUUCUAUCACAACAAGCCAUAAAUGGCAGAAAAAUGUCUAUAAUACCUACAAACUUGAUGAUUGAAGAUGAUUCCAACAAUGGAGUUAAAUUCAAAGAAGUCAAGUUUAGCGACGACAACAUUUCUGAUGCAGAUAUAUCAUUCAAUGGUGGACUGUCUGAUAAUAUCAUGGGCAACUCCUCAUUAUCACUUCGAAACUUUCAGGAGAAUCACAAAACAACGGACCCUAUUCCGGAGUUACUAUCUACACAUGAAAAAUUAUAUGCAAAACAAGGAGACAAUGAUUCGUCUUAUAAUGACGAUAAGAAGUCUGUAAACAAUUUUAUUAAUGACAAGGGAAAAUACGAACUAAGAUUGUCUCGACCAAUUUCAUCACCAACCACAAACGUGGAGACAUCAAGUGUGUUCAAAGCAUCACCACUUUCAAAUGGAGUGAAAAAUAAUGCCGACACAGUUACCUUAAACUCUGUGAAUAUUCCUAAAACUAUUAGCGGAACUGCGAUCGAUUUUUACCAGAGAGAGUUAUUAUUGUACAAAAAUGAGUUAGAAUUUUCAAGCUACAUGAAACAUUUGAACAAGUUUUAUUAUUUGAAAUUAAAGCAAAAUAAACAACAAGAAACUGUCGAAGCAAGAGUUGAUACUAAAUAUGAGAGUUUAAAAGUUGUAUUGGAUGAGACAAAAGAAAAGUUGACAAAAUUAUCCACUGAUCAUGACGAGGAAAAGAAAAUAUUGAUUAAAAGAUUGGAAGAUUUGAACUUGGAGAAAGAAAAAUUGACCAGAGAGCUCAAUGACACCAUCAGCAAGACAUCUUCUGAUUUACUGAAGUAUGAUCUAUUAAUAAAGGAUGUUAUACCCACCAAAGAUUAUGAGAUUGAAAAUUUAAAAUUGAAAUUAUCAGCAUUGGAAGAAAAAUUGAAAGAGAGACCUGAAGAAAUGCAUACCACAGAUAGUGAGACCACAACUCAGUCACAUGUAGAAGUUGAUGCUACCGUCUACGACUUGAGAACAAAGUUGCAACUUGUCAAUGAAAAAUAUAACCAAACUGCACAGGAGCUUAAAUCAUCCAAUGAAGCCUAUGAUAAGAUGGUUAAAAAGUACGAAGAAAAGCUAAAAACUUCAAAAUUGAAUCUUCACGAAAACCUAAAUUCGUUCACCAAAGAAAACGAAAAGAAAAUUCAAGACCUAUUGACCACUAUAUUGAAAUAUGAGAAUCUUCUUGAAGAGAAAAACUCAAAAAUAUUACAGUUGUCUUCAUCAAAGCCAAUUUCCAUACCUAUUGGCACACCAAGGCCAAGCACCAGCAGCAACAAGCUGUCGAGACAUGACUCGUAUGAUCCUAUAUUUAGUUCGUCGGCUUAUUCACCUUCACAACUACUACAACAACAACAACAACAACAGCCAUCGCCUCACCAUCAUCAUUCUGGUAAUGACAUUACUGCUAUACAGCAUUCUACUCCUAUGGGACAACUAUCAAGUAGUUAUUUCCCACCACAACCUAUCCGCAAUAAUUCUGCACCUAUUACAAGUACUCCAGCUGCCUCACAGCAAGCAAUUCCAAUUAUAAGAGGCAGAGGUGGUUAUCAAAAGAGAUCUAAGAAAUUAAUGUGA